CACAGUCGGGCACAUUAAUUUAUCGAGAUACAUAUACCUACUUCGGGGUUUUUUUCGAGCGGCGUCCGGCGCCCCGACGUAGUAGAGUAAGCCUUUCUGGCGUAUUCAGUCGAUUGUUUGCGCUCAGCACAAUCGGUUCGUUCGGCUUCUGUGGUCCAGCAGGAGCAAUUUAGCUGCCCUUCCGAUUCCGAUCUAGCCCUUCAGUUAGGUACACCGUCCGCGAGUUGGAGCGUGGGUGGGCUUUUCUCCUAUCAGUCUGUAGAAAGUGCGGUUACCGCGGAUCGGUCGAAACGAAAUUACGUGCACGUGCUGAUCGCUAUUGUUAAAGUGUCGACAUUUUCGCAACGCUUCAACGACCUCCACACGGUGACGUCGAGUUGACGUCAGGAGCUGCUGCAGCACCGGAGAGCGGACCAGUUGACCGUGGGUUACUUUGGGGUCUCUGAAAUUGCUACCGUCGUCGUUUCGAAACGUGUUUCUGCCCAUUCAGUGGUCGUUUGGGAUAUUAUUGAGCCGGGUGGGCUGCAGUCGCAAACGGCAAUUCGAUACAUUCGCGCGCGUUCAAUGGUCUGAUGCUGAGCGGGAAAAAGUGCUACAAUCAAAUUUUUGAAGUUGGUCCAGCUGUUUCACUACUGAAAAGCAACAAUACAGUUAAGAGAAUACGCAUACCCUAAUUGGAGCAUCGCCACAGGAAGUGCCAUAACUCUAAACAGGUGCAAUAUCACAAAACAUUAGUGCGCGUGCGAAAUCCCCGAAGUCGAACAAUGUAACAGAAGCCAAAUUCCCGAGCAACAAUUGUGUCAACACACCAGAGACCAGUAGUGCCGCGUGGCGGGUGGUAAAUAGAUACCCACGGCGAGGAAGGGGCACCGACCGACCGCAGACCAACCAACCAACAACAACAGAGAUCAAAAACUUGUUUUGGAAAGUUGUCUGUUUUUGUUUUGCCUGCAAAAACCAGCUGUUUGCUGUUGUGAUACCACCACUUGAAGUGCUGCUGUUACUGCUGUUGCGGCUGCUGCCGGGCAAUAAAACAAUAUGGACGUUACGGAGAGCAGCAAACUGAGUGAUGGAAUCUCGGCCCCACUGUGGAUGUUCUGGAAGCGGCGGAGAUACAUUGUGGUGUUUAUGGCCUUUUUCGGGUUCUUCAACGUGUACGCCCUGCGGGUGAAUCUCAGUGUGGCCAUCGUGGCGAUGACCGAGGAGCGGGAGGUGGUCCUCGCCAAUGGGACCACUGUGGUGGAGCAAUACUUUGACUGGACAACGCAGAUGCAAGGCUUCGUACUGAGCUCGUUCUUCUACGGCUACAUUUUGACGCCUUUCCUCGGAGGGUUCAUUUCCAACAAACUCGGUGGCAAUUAUGUUUUCGGCGUCGGUAUUGGCACAACCGCCAUCCUGACGCUGCUCACCCCGCUAGCUGCCAAAGCCGGUCUGGGUUGGUUGAUUGGGGUGCGAGUCAUCGAGGGCAUCUUCGAGGGUGUCACGUUCCCGUGUAUCCACGCUGUAUGGUCCAAGUGGGCUCCACCCUCGGAACGGUCCCGCAUGGCAUCGAUUGCCUUUGCUGGGAACUAUGCCGGAACGGUGGUGGCGAUGCCCCUGAGUGGAAUCUUUGCCAACGCCUACGGAUGGGAGAGUGUGUUCUACAUCUUCGGAGUCAUCGGGUGCGUGUGGUUCGUGCUGUGGACGUUUAUGAUUAAGACAUCGCCCGAGGUGGAUCGGGGCAUCAGCGAAAAGGAGAAGGAGUUUAUCUUGUCCAGCUUGGGCAGGACCGAGGGCGUUCCGGAGAAGAUUCGGCACCCGUGGAAGGCGAUGCUGACGUCGAUGGCCGUGUGGGCCCUGGUGGCAUCGCACUUCUCGGAAAAUUGGGGUUUCUACACGCUGCUGACGCAGCUGCCGACGUUCUUGAAGGAUACAAUGCACUUCGAGUUGGAGAAAACUGGAUUCAUCUCUGCCAUCCCGUAUCUAGUCAUGGGCAUCCUUCUGUUCGUUUCCGGUUACCUGGCUGAUUUGUGUCAAGUCAAAGGAUGGCUUACAACUACUCAGGUCCGACGAUUCUUCAACUGUGGCGCCUUCCUCGGUCAAACGGUGUUCAUGAUCACCGGAGCGUUCAUUCUGAAGCCGGGAGCAACCAUCACUUGUUUCACGAUCGCCGUCGGUAUGGGAGCCUUUGCGUGGUCCGGUUUUGCCGUAAACCACUUGGAUCUGUCGCCGAAGAGCGCCGGCGUGUUGAUGGGCAUUUCGAACACCUUUGCCACGAUCCCCGGCAUUGUGAGUCCCAUCCUGACGGGCUACAUCACGUCGAACAAGUCCGAUGACGAGUGGCGAGUGGUGUUCUACAUUGCCGCCGGUAUCUAUUUGAUUGGGUGUGUUAUUUAUUGGAUUUGGGCGUCCGGGGAGUUGCAGCCGUGGUCGAUCGAGGCACAGGAGAAACUGAUGAAGGAAAGGAAUGGAGAAAAGAACGGUUUUGAUGGGGGAUAUGUGAACAAGAUGAAAAUCGAAGAUGAGAAAUAAGUAGGGUGAUGAUGGGGAGGGGUUGCGAAGCGACAAGUAUUUUAUCUAUAUGUGUAUUUUAAUGAAAACAUUCGUGUUUAAAAUGAAUGUUAAAAUUUAAUGUGAUUUAAGAAAAUAAAAGUUUAAUAGUGUUAAUGUUCCGGAA